AACCCUCUCCUAUGCACAUGCGAUUUCCACAAGUGAAAAAAAGGACAAACAUCAAACAACCCGACCCCAACCUCGACCUUGACCUCAACCUGCUAGAGUGGGAUGGUGGACCUCUCGCACUCUUUUUCUUCUAGUUGGUUAGUAAGUUAUGACGGUUGAUUCCGUGAAGACCUGAGUGAGUCCUUAUCCAUGGAAGUUCAGCAAAACCAAUAAAAUUCUAUUGUAUAAACUAUAAAUCACAAGCUCAGCUCUGCAGUCAGAAAAACACAAGACUUUGUUUUCAAAGUAUCUGCACGUGAAAUCUUAAUAAUUUCUCAUGCAACUGUGGGUCCUUUAGCCAGCCCCUCCUUUUGUUUUCAUGCCAAAUUCCAAUUCCUAAGAAUCUCCUCCAUUUCCUUCUCUUUUUCUCUGCAAUUCAUCUCUUAUCUUUGAAUUCAUUACUAUCUUCGAAAAACUCUGCGAAGAAUGGUUCUUUGGGCAUCACUGUUUUGUGUUCUUCUUCUGCUAAUAAGUUCUGCACAUGAAGUCUCCAGUUAUGGAGAUAAGGAACUUCUUCCUUUGGAAAGAUUUCAGUGGGCACAGCCAGUGAAGAAAAGGGAUUGUUUCUCUCGAAAAUCAAGGACACAGAAUGGUGCAAUCAUAUUGGAAAUGAAGCACCGAGACCACUGCUCAGGACCAGUUAGAGACUGGACACGAAUUCUCCAGAGACGCUUAAUUGCUGAUGAUAUUCGUGUUAGGUCUCUACAAUCUCAAAUCAGAAAAAUAGUUUCCAGCAGAACAGAAUCUCUCUCACAAACUCAGAUUCCUAUUACCUCAGGUGUCAAGCUACAGACUCUUAACUACAUUGUUAUGGUCACAUUAGGCAGUCGAAAUAUAACAGUGAUAGUCGACACUGGGAGUGAUUUAACAUGGGUUCAGUGCCAACCUUGUAAGACAUGUUACACUCAACCAGAACCUCUCUUCAACCCCCAACUAUCCCCUUCGUACCAGUCAGUCCAAUGCAAUUCACGAGCCUGUCAAUCUCUACAAUAUGCCACAGGCAACUUGGGCUUAUGUCGGAAUAACCCACCAACUUGCGACUACCUUGUUACCUAUGGUGAUGGUUCCUACACUCGAGGCGAACUAGGUCAAGACAACCUGCUUCUUGGAACCACCCAAAUUGACAAUUUUGUGUUUGGAUGUGGACGGAAUAAUAAAGGCCUCUUCGGGGCAGCUUCAGGCCUAAUGGGACUUGGAAGGAAUGACCUCUCAUUGAUCUCUCAAACUUCUCAUGUAUUUGGAGGAGUUUUCUCCUAUUGCUUGCCAGACACUGACUCUGAGGCUUCGGGUUCACUAAUAAUCGGGGGUGACUCAUCAGUUUACAGGAAUUCUACACCCAUAUCUUACACUAGAAUGGUUCCAAAUCUGCAGCUUGACACCUUUUACAUUCUUAACCUAACUGGAACUAGCAUAGGUGGGGUGGCUGUACAAGCUCCAAGUUUUGGCAAAGGCGGUAUUCUUAUUGAUUCGGGGACUGUUAUCACCAGGCUUGCUCCAUCCAUUUACAGGGCUAUCAAGACUGAGUUUUUGAAACAAUUUUCAGGCUAUCCUCCAGCACCCGGGUUUUCAAUCUUGGACACAUGCUUUAAUCUCUCAGCGUAUGAAGAAGUUAACGUUCCUACGGUUAAGUUGCAGUUCGAGGGUGGUGCCGAGCUGAGUGUGGAUAUUACUGGGACAUUUUAUUUUGUCAAGAGCGACACAUCUCAAGUUUGUUUGGCUCUUGCAAGCCUAUCUUAUGAAGAUGAGAUUGGUAUUAUUGGGAAUUAUCAACAAAGGAAUACAAGGAUCAUAUAUGACACCAAACAGAGCAUACUGGGAUUUGCCAAGGAGACCUGCAGUUUCACCUAAACAACUCGAAGAAGUGCAUAGCUCUUCUUGGUUCUGGUUCUACAUGUAGACUUGUAUUUUGUGAUAUGAGGGAGGUAUAGGAUAUCUGAAGUCCACUUGUAAUUUUUAUCGUGUGUUCAAAUGUACUGUAAGAUGUAUUAUAUGAGACAGGCUCAAAUUUAUGUUCUGUAUAAAGUUUUCUUUCAUAGUC